AUGACCUGUAACGGUACCACGCCUUCUGGCAGACCCCGUUUGUUUGCGUGCGAGGUGUGCAAGCGAGCAUUUGCACGCUCAGAGCACUUGAAACGUCAUGAACGCUCACAUACCAAGGAGAAGCCGUUUGUCUGUGGUGUUUGUCAGAGGAGAUUCUCCAGAAGAGACUUGUUGUUGAGACAUGCUCAGAAGCUGCACGCUGGA